UCAUGUGUUGCUGUCCAUCUUGAAAUAAUUGAAACUGUCACUGCAGCUCAUCGACAGACCAUAAGGUGGUUAAUUUAAUCAAUUAAUAAAACAUUUAAUAAUUAUUUGAUGUAUUUAGUGAUUUCAUUUUGGCACUCUCGUCGCUCCACAGCGGUGGUCUCACCGCCGAGCACAGGAAAGGUGUCCGUGCAGAUGCCUGAUCGAAACACAGCAGAGGGCAAUAAAUGUUGUGAGGAAUCAUUUGAGUGUCCCGUUUCAAUCUGUAUCUUCUCCGAUGACGUAUUCAUGGAUGAAGUCGGACAGAAACGUAAGCGGCGUGAUUAUGAAAGGUGGUCGGCGGUGAUCGAUUGUGCCCAGGCCCGGUUUCAGCUCCGCCGAGCCUGCAGUUUAUUUUAAAGAAGAGAGCAAAGACACGGACACCAUCAUGAACGAGGUGGAUUAUCUCCAUCAGCUGAAUGCCGACAGUCUGCCUGAGGAGAAGCCCGAGAUUAAACGGCAGCAGGAUGCUGAAACGAGCCAAAGCGCCGUGUUACCUGAAGACGUCCGGCAGCUGCUGGUAAUUAAAGAAGUUCCUCAAGAUUGGAGCCCCGGGCGGGACCUGCAAGCCGCCGAGUUCCUCCACAUAAAGCAGGAGCAGGAGGAACCCUGGAGCAGUGAGGAGGGACAGCAGAUCAAUGGGCUGGAGGAGGCCAAUCUCAGCAGGUUACCGUUCACUAUUGUUACUGUGAAGACUGAAGAUGAUGACGAUGAAGAGAAGCCUCAGUGCUCAUAUCGUCAUCAAAGCCAAACAGAAGAAUCCACACAGACUGAGCCGCCUAUCGGCUGCUUAGCUAAACAGAUCAAAACGGAAAUUGAGGAAGAUGCGUAUGGACGACUGGAAUCAGCCUGGAGCCCGGAUCUAAAUUGUCAUUUAUUAGUAAAUAAUAAGAAAAAGGCUUUAGACUCUUCAGAGACUGAAGUCAGCUAUGAAGAUGAGGAGGAGGAGGAUGUUUGGCAGGAACCUCUGUCAGAUUCUGGACCUGAAACUGAAGUGGGUGGUAUAGCGUGGAAGGAGAGCGUUGCAACUGGGCCUCAGUUUGUCGGUGAUGUUUGCGUUAAAACAUUUACACAACCGGAAACUCAGAAGCGACAAAGCCGAGGAGAGAAAUCACUGGCUUGUGGUGUUUGCGGUAAAACCUUCAGCUGCAAUACACAUCUGAAGAGACACAUGACUGUCCACACGGGAGAGAAACCCUUUAGCUGCGAAGCUUGUGGAAAAAGAUUUGGACUUGAGUUUACUCUUAAAACGCACAUGAGAGUCCACACAGGAGAGAAGCCGUUUGGUUGUGAAGACUGUGGAAAAACAUUUAGUCGGAACACUCAUCUUAAAAAUCACAUGCGAGUACACACACAGGAGAAACCAUUUAGUUGUGAUGCUUGUGGAAAGACAUUUAAAUUUAAGUAUAGUUUUAAAGUACACAUGAGGGUCCACACAGGCGAGAGACCUUUUGGCUGUAGUGUUUGUGGUAAGGGGUUUACAGAACACGAAGGUCUGAAAAGACACAUGAGAAUCCACACAGGGGAGAAACCAUUUGGUUGUGAUAUAUGUGGGAAAAGAUUUGGACACCAGAAUGCUCUUAAAAGACACACGAGCGUCCACACAGGUGAGAAACCGUUUGGAUGCGAUAUUUGUGGAAAAAGAUUUAACCGCAGCACACGAUUUAAGGAGCACUUAAGAGGCCACACGGGAGAAAAACUGUUUGGCUGUGACGAGUGUGGGAAAACAUUUAGUUCCAAUACACGACUUAAGAGACACAUGAGCAUCCACAGGAGAGACAAACUGUUUUUGUGUGGCAUUUGUGGUGAAAAAUGUUCAACAUCCGAACAGCUUAAGCAGCAUGAAAGUUCGCACAUGUUACUGCAGAUAGAUACUGUAACACUGUACUGUGAGAGCAGGAUGGCUAAAAGAAAGGCCAGUCCUGAAAGGAAGACCCCCGUAAAAAGGAGGAGGGUCACUGAGGAGGCUGCUCCUUCCACCAGCUCAGACACUCAUGAGGUCAAAGGAGUGAAGCGUAAGCUCCAGCAAGAUGCAGCCGGCACAACCAGUCCAGCAAAGAAGUCGAAACUUGCUGAGCCUACGAGCGGUGACGAGGAGCAAGCGUCUUCCUCCUUGGACGCUGGUAAAGACUGCAGUCAAAGCACAAAUGGGUGCAUGAAGAAUGGUAAAAGGAAGGCUGCAGGAGACAGCAAAGAGCCACCCGAGAGAAGGAAAAGGGACAAAACCAAACACAGCGCCCAAAAUUCAGCAGCUGACCAGAGACGUGAAUUCCAGGCCAGAUACGUGGAGGAGCACCAUCUUGGAGGAGGCGGCUGUGGAGCAGUGUUUGCUGGCUACCGGAUAACGGAUCAUUUCCCAAUAGCCAUCAAACACAUUCCAAAGGACAGAAUCCCCAUCAAAGUGAGGGAUGAAAACGGGAAGCUGGUCUCAGUGGAAGUGGCCAUUAUGCUGAAGCUUGCAGCUGAAGCAGACGGAUCAGUGGGAACGUCAGCACCCGUGUCUCUGCUGGACUGGUUUGACCUCGGCACAGAGCUGAUCCUGGUGCUGGAGAGACCUGUCCCCGCUGUGGACCUGCAUGAUUACAUAACAGAAAAUGGAGGAUGUUUACCAGAGGAAAAGGCCAAGGUCAUUCUGAAGCAGCUGGUCGAUGCAGCAAAGGACCUGGAGGAUAAGCACAUCUUUCACCGGGACAUCAAGAGUGAGAACAUUCUGAUUGAGACCGGCUCAGAUGUGCCUCGUGUUCGUAUCAUCGACUUUGGACUGAGCUGCUUUGCUAAGGCGCGAUCGCUGUACCGCGUCUUCUACGGUACACCUAUUCACACCCCUCCCGAAUGUUACGGAUGCAAGAAAUACAAGGCUGGACCCACCACGGUGUGGCAAAUGGGAGUGGUGCUGUAUGAAGCGCUUCAUGUGGGGGACUUUAAUACCGUGACGUUCCUCCAAAAGGAAUUGAUAUUCAACAAGGAUCUGUCUCCACGAAGAAUGAGCGCCCUGUCCGAGUCCGUCCUCAUCUCCAGUAAUACAACUAUUGAUGAGGUCGUACAGAAGUGUGAAUACACGGAAAUCGAUCUUCUGAUCGAGUCGCCUGGUUCAAUUCAAACGAGCUUACAGUUGAUUUUAAAGACGAGAACAAUGAAUGAAGCGGAUUAUCGUCAACGUAACGGCACCGAGAGUCAGCCUUUUGAAGGAAAGCCGCAGAUCAAACCGCAUCAGCUGCAGAAUGCUGAUAUCAACCAAACUACCGAGUUUCCUGCUGAUGUCCAACAGCUGUUGGUGAUUAAAGAAGAGGUUCCCCCAGAAUGGAGCCCCUCUGAGGACCAGUGGUCCCAAGAGCCCCUGCGCAUAAAGGGGGAGCGUGAGGAACUGUGCACCACUCAAACAGCAGAACACCUUAAAGGGCUGGAGGACGCUGAUACCAGCAGGCUCCCAUUCACUGCUGCUCCUGUGAAGAGUGAAGAUGGUGAAGAGAAACCUAAUCCUUCAGAGCUUCAUCAUCAUCAAACAGUUAAACAAAUAAAAACUGAGACUGAUGGAGACGACUGUGGAGGACCAGAAUCAGCCAGAAACCUUGAUACAAAAACUACUUUACAACCUAAUGAAGUGGAAAAUGAUUCAGACUCCUCUGAGACUGAACUCAGUAACGAUGGCGAUGAAUGGCAGGGACCUUUGUCAGAUUUUAGACCUGAAACUGAAGACAGUGACAAUGGCUGGGAGGCAAGCAGGUCACCUGAGUCAGGUGUAAAUUGUCACGUGGGAUGUGACACUACCAAAAAACCCUUUAGCUGCUCCGAGUGUGGAAAACGUUUUCUCCACAGGCAGUCUCUCCACAGACACAUGAGAAUCCACACUGGAGAAAAACCUUUUUGUUGUGCUGUUUGUGGCGAGAAGUUUAGCAGGAAGACACAUUUUAAGACGCACAUGAGAGUUCACACAGGCGAAAAACCUUUUGAUUGUGGUUUUUGUGGUAAAAGGUUCAGCCAGAAGUCAAAUUUUAAGGAACACUUACGAGUCCACACAGGAGAGACUCCAUUUGGCUGUGAGGCUUGCGGGAAAAGAUUUAGAGUUAAUUUUACUCUUAAAAGACACAUGCGAGUCCACACGGGAGAAAAACCGUUUGUUUGUGUUGACUGUGGAAAGACAUUCAGUUCCAAUACGCACCUUAAGACACACACGAGAGUCCACACGGGAGAGAAACCAUUUAGCUGUGGUGUUUGCGGCGAGAGAUUUGCACAGCAAGGGGUUCUGAAGAGUCACACCAGAGUUCACACAGGUGAGAAGCCUUUCGGUUGUGGUCUCUGUGGAAAGAGAUUUAGACAGCAGAAUACUCUCAAGAGACACAUGAGCGUCCACACGGGAGAGAAGCCGUUCUCCUGUGGCGUCUGUGGCGAAAAAUAUACCAGACAGGGAAGUUUGAAGAGGCACAUGAAUGUACACACAUGACAGAUGUUGUACAACUGCAGCUUCAACAACUGAAUCACAUACCUGUCAUUUUGUGCCUGAACAUCUUGAAACUUUUGGGUUAUAAACACUGGACUUCUGUAACUGUUUUCUGGCCUUUGAUGGACCGGGCUUCUCUCAGUCUGUCUCACUGAUGUUUGAUCGAAUGUAUAAACACUACAUGACACUAAAUAAUGAAGUACUAAUAUUACUGAAACAGUAAUCUAAAAAAAUUUUAUUACACAUUUCUCAUCACUAAUGCAUUAUAAAGUAAUGCAUUAAUCUACAAAUGUACUUCCUGUUGCAUUACACUGUGUUACUCUGCAACACAUACCUGCACAAAACCUAAAAAGGGACAUGCAGAAAUGAUUAUUUUUAGUAGAUAUUUUGAAGUAUUUGCCCAAAACAAAGAAAAGUAGGUGAAUGACAGCCUGCAGAGAACUUCACAGAUGAUGUUCUUGUGUCUGGAUGUUUCUGAUUUGUAGUUUGCUCUUCAUGUGUAAAAUAUGCUGCUCUGUUGCCAGUAGACCUGUCUGUCUGUGCCUGGUUAUAUGCUACAAACACUGCCCUCUUUAUGUGAAAGUGCUCAUAGCUAGACUGGGUUGACUUAUUGAUCCUGAUUGCAAAUGUUAGUUUAAUAAAUCCUGGAUAUGCUGAGUUUUUUCCUCAUAGUGCAGGCCUCUGGAAUUUCAGUCUUGUUGCUGCCUUCACAAUUCACUGUUUUAAGGAUGGAAUAAAAACAGUUUCUUCCAGCUGCUUCCUUAUUUGCAGAUUACCACACAUUUAAGUUUUUCCACUAAUAA